GCAGCUGCGCUCGAUGGUGCCGAGCUGCUUCCGGGCCGGGCGGGCCCGGGCAUGGCGGUGGCGGGGCAGCGGCCUGGGUGUUCCGCGGGGCCGGGCCCGGGGCGCGGGGCCGAGCCCUUCAGCCCCUCGGUGCUGGGCACCAGAGAGCACUGGGAUGCUGCAUAUGAAAGAGAACUGCAAACUUUUGAAGACAUUGGAGAUGCUGGGGAAAUUUGGUUUGGAGAAGAAAGCAUGGUUCGCAUAAUCAGAUGGUUGGAAAAACAAAAGGUCCCACUUGACAGCCCCGUGCUUGACAUUGGAACUGGAAACGGUGUUUUGCUGAUUGAAUUGGCAAAAUCUGGCUACACUAAUCUCACUGGGAUUGAUUACUCUCCUUCUGCAAUACAACUGUCAGAAAAAGUAAGAGAGAAAGAAGGGAUGUCUGGCAUUAAUUUAAAGGUAGAAGACUUCCUGGCUCCAUCAGCUGAGCUGUCAGGAUUUGAGAUUUGUAUUGACAAGGGGACUUUUGAUGCCAUAAGCCUUAAUCCUGAUAACGCGGUGGGAAAGAGGAAACAGUACGUCAGAUCUCUCUGCAGCGUACUGAAACCAGAGGGCUUUUUCCUCAUAACGUCUUGCAACUGGACCAAGGAGGAACUCUUGAACGAGUUCAGAGAAGGAUUCGAAAUUGUGGAGGAGCUGCCAACACCCAAGUUUUGCUUUGGAGGAAGAAUUGGAAACAGUGUAACAGCAUUGGUUUUCCAAAGGAAAAAAAUGAGGCCAUCCAUCUUGGACAAAUUAGAUUAGUUGAGAAAAGUCUGAACUUUAAACCUGAUAGAAAACCUCAGACAUGUGUAAAUAAAUGCUCUUUGAGUACACAGUAAAAUACUAUGUAUGGAACUCUAAGGAACUAUAAAACAUCGCCCUAGAAACAUUUCAGCUUUGCAUAACUUGCCCAUAAAUUUUGUCCUUCCUACAACCUCACUUGUUUUAGGGAAGCUGCAAGUUGGUAAGUGAGAGAGAAAUAAGGCAUUCUAAAUAUGGAGACUAAUAUAACCAAAUGAUAUUUGUGUUUGGAACAUAAAGAUUGUCUGGUGUUUAAUUUCUGUAUUGGUAAUCGGUGACCAAUAGAGGUAAAGCAAAAAUCUCAUUUCUCCGUUGUGCGAUGUAAUAGAGAACAAGCUUUGGCAAUGUAAGUGCUGGAUCUUUUAUUUUGUUCUUAGGUGAACAUGAAUGUAGCUGGUAAGGAGGGAAAUGAAUACAAAAGCCAUAGUAUUUGCAAAAAUGACCAGUCGGUGCUUUACAUUCGGAUUUUCAGAGGUUCGUAGAGUCGGCAUAGUUCUGUCUCCUCUGAAAUAGCUCAACUCUUUACCCACAGAGGGAGUGUUUUUAAAAAUCUCACUUGCCUGAAUGUGUGCAUGCUUCGUCAGUUAUUUUCACUGAUUUCAUUAAUAUAUAAAGGUGUGAUGUUACAGUCUCA